AUGGCCCUGUGUCUCUCGCACUCACCCUCAGAUGAGGGCACCCCGGAGCAGGAGGUACCAGCCGAACAGGGUGAGGAGGAGCCCAGGGAGCCGGAGCCACCGUGCCCCACAGAGAGCGAGAGCUUCAGGAUGACAGUGCCUGGCCAGGGGGGCCACACCUGUCGCUAUGCAUUUGUGAACAAUUGCCAGACAUUUUGGAGCGCCCAGAAAGUGUGUGCCCGCUGCUACCGUGGCCGCCUGGCCUCCAUCCACAACUAUGCAACCAACCAACGCCUGAGCAGCAUGGUGCGUGCCCGCACCAACCAGGUGUGGAUCGGGGGCUACACCUCCCGCUGGUUCUUUCAUGUGUACCCCCGCUGGGUUGACCACAGUGCCUGGAACUACUCCAACUGGGCCAGAGGGAACCCCUGGUGGUUUUGGAAUGUCGCCAUGUGCCCUGUAGGUGGUCAAUGGAGAAGCGUCAGCUGCGGGACUCACCUGCCCUUUAUCUGCGAGUACUGA